GAAAAAUAUAUUUUAUUUUAUUUUUUAUUUUUUCUUUUAUUUAUUUAUUUAUUUUUUGAUGAAAGAAGAAGAACUGAUUGAUAAGAAAUUAUGGGAAAGCGCGUCUCAAGAGAUUGAUUGGAUUCAACCUCCCACGUCUAUAUUAGGACAUCAACCUGGAAAUCCAAAUCCGUAUACUUGGUUCCCAAAUGGUAAACUAAAUACAUGUUACAAUUGUCUUGAUAGACAUAUCCAAUCCACAGAAACAGAUGAUCAAAGAUGUUGUCUCAUCUGGGAUUCUGCUGUGACCAAGACAAAAAUAAAAUAUAGUUACCGUCAAGUCUUGGAACAAGUUCAAACUUUGGCUGGUGUCCUUCACUCCUAUGGUUUAACAAAGGGAGAUACGAUCUUGAUCUAUAUGCCAAUGGUGCCUGAAGCUGUCUUUGCCUUUUUAGCUUGUGCUCGAUUAGGUAUCAUUCAUAGUGUUGUGUUUGGUGGGUUUGCUCCCAAGGAAUUAGCAAAACGUAUCGAUGAUUGUCAGCCCAAAAUUGUCUUAACUGCAAGUUGUGGUAUUGAACCAAAGCGUAUCAUUCCCUAUAAACCUCUCCUUGAAAAGGCACUUGAAUUAUCGAAACAUCAUGUACCUAUUCGUAUUAUAUAUCAAAGACCUAAUCAAGAGAGAGCAUCUAUUAAUUAUGCUCAGGGAGACCGUGAUUAUGAAUUGGAAAUGGAAAGAAUUAGGAUACAAAAUAAACUUUUUAAAGGAUGUGUCCCUGUAGAUAGCGAUGAUCCAUUAUAUAUUCUUUAUACAAGUGGUACAACAGGUCAACCUAAGGGUGUAGUUCGAUCUAAUGGAGGUCAUGCAGUUGUACUUCGGUGGUCUAUUGACUAUAUCUUUAAUAUAAGGAAAGGAGAUACCAUAUUUACUGCCAGUGAUAUAGGAUGGGCUGUAAGCCAUAGUUAUACUAUAUAUGGUCCUAUGCUGAUUGGUGCUACGACUAUAUUAUAUGAAGGUAAACCAGUUGGUACACCGGAUGCAGGCGCCUUUUGGCGACUUGUAUCUGAAUAUAAAGUCAAGACAAUGUUUACUGCACCUACUGCCGUUCGAGCUAUUGCACGUGAAGAUCCAAAGGGUCUACUAGCCAAGAACUAUGAUUUGUCUAGCUUAACUUCUUUAUUUUUAGCAGGUGAGAGAAGUGAUCCUGAAACAUUAAAAUGGUGUCAGAAUUUAGUUCAUAAGGACUGUACAGUCAUUGAUAACUAUUGGAGUACUGAGUUAGGUUCUCCGGUAACAGCAACUUGCGCAGGGAUAGAAAAGGAUGCACGUAAGGCGGUUAAAUGGGGAUCUGCAGGUAAACAAGUACCUGGAUCUCGUAUUUGUAUAUUAAAAGAAGAUAGCUUAGAGGAAGCCAAGACACCCAAUGUAUUUGGUAAUAUUGUAUUAAAAUUACCUUUACCGCCUGCAGCAUUUCCUUGUUUAUGGAAAAACGAAAAAGGUUAUAAAUCAAGUUAUUUUGAAAAAUACCCAGGAUAUUAUGAUACGGGAGAUGCAGGCAUGAUAGAUGAAGAAGGAUUUGUUCAUGUUAUGUCCAGAACAGAUGAUAUCAUUAAUGUUGCAGGCCAUCGACUCUCUACAGGUUCAAUUGAAGAAAUUCUUAUCGCUCAUCCAUUAGUUGCAGAAUGCUGUGUUAUCCCUUUACCUGAUAAACUUAAGGGUCAUAUCCCGUUUGGCUUACUCGUAUUAAAACAUGUUGACACAACUUUUAAUAAUGAAAUACUUUAUCAAGAAUUAAUACAAGCUAUUCGUCGCGAUUUAGGUGCUAUUGCUUGUUAUGAAAAAUCAAUUGUCAUACCGAGAUUACCUAAAACAAGAAGUGGUAAAGUAUUACGUAAAAGCAUUCGAGAAAUGGUCGAUGGUAAACAAGUCAAUAUGCCUGCUACAAUUGAAGAUGAAAGUGUUUUAUUUGAAAUUUAUAGUAUUUUGAAAAGUAAUCAUCUAAUUCCUUCCAAUGCUCCACCUUUAUUAAAGUCAAAAUUUUAAUAAACUUGAUAUAUUCUCGAUUAAAUGAAUAAAGAAAAAGGAAAAAAAAAGGAGACAUAGUAAUAAUAAUAAAAAGGAGGUUUAUAAAGGUACAAUGCAUCUACUCUCAAC